AUGGACCCUUACUCUGCCGAAGGCGAAUUGAUCAACAUCCACAACUAUUUCCACCAGGGCCAGUACCAGGAGGUCAUUGAUUACGAUACCUCUGCCCUCUCCUCCGAGAAUGAGCUUCCCGCCCGCGUCCUAGUCCUGCGAGCCCGCAUCGCCCUUGGUCAAGCCGAAGAUGUCAUUUCCGACGUGCAGGGAGAGAAGGAGCCCGAGCUGGUUGCCCUUGGAGCGCUCGCCGAGAGCGCACUUGGCAAGACGGAUUCUGCCGUGAAGACGAUUGAAAAGCUCGCCGCAUCCGAGGGGGAAAACGCUACAGUCCAGAUUGUUGGAGGCACAGUCCUGCAGGCUGCGGGCAAGUCAGAGGAGGCUCUUGCCUUGCUUUCACAGCACCAGGGAAGCUUGGACGCUGUUGCCCUGAUUGUUCAGAUCCACCUCCAGCAGAACCGCAACGACCUCGCUCUCAAGGAGGUUACGGCCGCGAGACGAUGGGCACAGGACAGUUUGUUGGUCAACUUGGCCGAGUCAUGGGUCGGUCUGAGACAGAACGAGACUAAGAAAGUACAGGGCGGAGAUAAGUAUCAACAGGCUUUCUACGUGUUCGAGGAGCUUGCGCAGGCGCCGGCAACGUCGUCCAUUGCAACUCUCGUCUCUCAGGCUGUUGCUGAGCUGCACCUUGGACGUACAGAGGAGGCACAGGCAGCGCUGGACCAGGCUCUGGCCAAGGACGCAGGCUAUGCCGAAGCCAUUGCUAACCUUCUGGUGUUGACGGCGAUUUCGGGCCAAGAUCCCAAGGAGUUCACGGAAAAAUUGAAGGCGGCGGACCCCCAGCACCAUUUCCUUGUGGACCUGGAGGAGAAGAGCGCGCUAUUCGACAAGGCGGCGACCAAGUACAGCCCCAAGGUGUCUGCAUAA